CUCAGCGUGUUUCGACGUUGACGUUCAUUUUCAAUUCGGCCUCUCUUCCCGUCUGUCUCCAGGACACAAAUAUCCGUCCGUCGCCCUCUCGCAAGUGGUGGAUUCUUCCGUCCACCUUUGAGCCAACCAUCCAUCGCUGUUCCCGCUAUGCCCGAAUUCUACCCCGAAAAAGACGUCGCUGUCCAUCCCUCCGAGUCCGACCUCAAUCCUACAGACAACCAUGUUGAGAACUUGCACGAUGCUGCUGCGAAAGGCCAUGCCGCCACUGACAGCCACGGAAACGCGUUGAUUGUCUUUGACAAGGAUGCUGAGGCUCGUCUGCGCUGGAAGAUUGACCUCUACAUCGUUCCCACCGUCGCCCUCCUCUACCUCUUCUGCUUCAUCGACCGCGCCAAUGUCGGAAAUGCUCGUCUCGCAGGCCUCGAGAGAGACCUUAAGCUCAAGGGCUAUGACUACAACCAACUCCUCAGUGUCUUCUACGUCUCCUACAUCGUCUUCGAGAUCCCCUCCAACAUGAUGUGCAAAUGGGUCGGCCCCGGCUGGUAUAUUCCCGCUAUCUCGCUGGGCUUCGGAAUCGCCUCUCUCGGCACCGCAUGGGUUACAAACCUGUCUGCUGCCUGCGGUGUGCGCUUUCUGCUUGGUAUUUUCGAGGCUGGCAUGCUGCCUGGUAUUGCCUACUAUUUAUCGAGAUGGUACCGCCGUUCAGAGCUUGCGUUUCGCCUGUCGCUAUAUAUCGUCAUGGCACCCCUAGCCGGCGCGUUCGGUGGCCUUCUGGCGUCUGGCAUUCUCAAGCUUGAGUCGUUCGCGGGUCUACGCGAAUGGCGCAUGAUCUUCGCAAUUGAGGGCAUCAUCACCAUCUGCCUCUCUGUCAUCUCAUUUUUUACCCUGACUGACCGGCCUGAAACCGCACGCUGGCUUUCACGGGCAGAAAAGGACCUGGCCAUCGCCCGCGUCAAGAGCGAGCGCGUCGGCAUUACCGAAGUGCUCGACCGCAUCGACACGGCCAAGACGCUUCGCGGUAUCUUCUCUCCUGUCAGCAUCGGCACCAGCUUGAUCUUCCUGCUCAACAACAUUACGGUGCAGGGUUUGGCCUUCUUCGCGCCUACGAUUGUGCGCACCAUAUACCCCAAAAACACCGUCAUCUACCAGCAACUGCGCACCGUGCCGCCCUACGUUGUCGGCGCAUUCUUCACCCUCCUUUUCCCGUUCCUGUCGUGGCGCUAUGAUCGGAGAAUUAUCUUCUUCAUCAUAUCCUCGCCCCUCGUCAUGAUCGGCUACAUCAUGUUUCUUGCCUCCACAGACGCCCAAACGCGCUACGGCGCUACGUUUAUCAUUGCGUCUGGCGCAUUCUCCUUUGGCGCGCUGUGCAACGCCCAGGUGUCGGCAAAUGUCGUGUCCGACACGGCGCGUUCCUCAGCUAUUGGCCUUAACGUCAUGAUGGGAAAUGUCGGAGGCUUAGUGUCGACGUGGUCCUUCCUGCCGUUCGACGGCCCCGACUACCAUAUCGGUAACGGUCUCAAUCUCGCGACCAGCAGCACCAUAUUGCUUCUGAGCUGUGCGCUGCUGUGGUGGAUGAAGAGCGAUAACAAGAGGCGCGGGCGGCGUAAUGUCGAGGCCGAACUGGCCGAACUGGAUCAGCGCAAGGUGCAGGAUCUGGACUGGAAGCACCCAGGUUUCAGGUGGAAGCCGUAGUUUGAGGACGGGGUCAUACCUUUUAUAAAGAGUCAUUGCACGGGGUCACGAUGAGAUGUCUGUAUAUUUUUGUUCUUUUGACUGUGUAAGGGCUUGCGGUCUGUAUAUAACGCGCUAUGCAUGUCUUCGAUACAUCAGUAC